CUAAUCGCAACUCGUGAUCGCAACUACCUAGCAUCUUUACUAGGAAUAUCUAGCCACGCUCGAGACAUCCGCGUUCUCCUACCACACGCAAACCUGAUUCGGGGGCGUAUCCUACCUAGGUAGUCCAAGGAUCACAUCUGUCAACCUAGCACCUCCAACAUGACAGCUCCCCACUGUGCCGACCAAGUAAUCGCAUAGGUUCCUUAUCCUCCAGACCGAGCCAUCGCUGCCCGCCAUGGGCCAAGGAUUCUCUCUGGCGACGCCCUCUGUGGGAUCUGCGGGCAUCGACAUACCCGAGCUUUCUGAUCUCGUGUACGAGAAGAGCAUUGGGAAUGCGCGCUUUAUGAAGAGCAUCCGCGCGCGGCAUCACGAUGGAGUCGCCCUGGUGAAGGUGCUGGUCAAGCCUUACACCCCGAUGCCUCUGGAGAAGUACAAGCGCGACAUAGAGGAGCAACGCAACGCCUUGGCCGACGUGCCCAACGCCUUGGGCUACCACCGCAUCGUCGAAACCGAAACGAACGGAUACCUGGUCCGGCAGUUCCUCUAUAACUCCCUCUACGACCGAAUGAGCACCCGCCCGUUUCUAGAGGACAUUGAAAAAAAGUGGUUGGCCUUCCAGCUGCUGUGCGCCCUGCGCGACUGUCACGCUCGAGACAUCUACCAUGGCGACAUCAAGACGGAAAACACGCUGGUAACUUCCUGGAACUGGCUCUAUCUUUCCGACUUCUCCGCCCCCUUUAAACCCAUCCUGCUUCCGGACGACAACCCCGGCGAUUUCUCAUACUACUUUGACACAUCCGGCCGUCGAACGUGCUACGUGGCGCCUGAACGCUUCGUCGCGGCCGAUGAGGUCAAUAGCAAGGACGCGAAGCUCACGUGGGCCAUGGAUGUCUUCAGCGCUGGCUGCGUCAUUGCCGAGAUGUUCUUGGAGUCCCCAAUCUUCACUCUCAGUCAGCUGUACAAGUACCGCAAGGGCGAGUACGACCCGGCCAUCUCGCUAAUCAGUCGCAUCCCGGACAAGGACCUGCGCGACAUGAUAUCGCACAUGAUCCAGCUUGACCCGGAGCGGCGAUACUCUGCAGAGCAGUACCUGGACUUUUGGAAGAAAAAGGUUUUUCCAGAAUACUUCUAUAGCUUCCUUCACCAGUACAUGGAGUUGAUUACGGAUCCUUCUUCUGGGAAUAGCCCCAUUUCCGGUGCGACGAGGAAUCUGGGGGAAGCGGACGAUCGCAUCGAUCGUGUCUUCCUCGACUUUGAUAAAAUAUCCUACUUUCUCGGUUACCAGAGCGACAAGCGUCCGACCCAGGCCGAAACUUUGGCCGGAAAGCUGGGUCUGGGCCAUUUCCCCAUCCGUUUAAACAUCCCGAAUCACGACCAGUACGUCACCGGAACGUCUGAUCCGCCUGAAGACGAUGGGACUCUCAUCUUUCUGACUCUCAUCGUCUCUUCCCUCCGCAACACGGCUAGGGCGGCGUCGAAGAUCAGAGCCUGCGACGUACUGCUUGCCUUUUCGGAGAAAAUCACAGACGAAGCAAAGCUGGACCGAGUGCUGCCGUAUCUCAUUACGCUUCUUAACGACAGGUCGGACUUGGUGGUGAUCGCGGCAUUGCGUUCAAUCGCCCAGCUACUUCACUUGGUGCGAGUGGUGUCUCCGGUUAACUCACAUAUUUUCGUCGAGUACAUCUUGCCGCGACUCCAGAGCGCCUUGAUCGCGCCUGCCAAGCCACCAAGUCCCCUGGUGCGAGCAACUUACGCAUCAUGUCUCGGGAGCCUCGCGACCACCGCUGCCCGAUAUCUGGAGCUGGCAGCAACCCUGAAAGCGGACGGAACUUUGACCGUGGCGGAUCCCGAGCUUGAACCGGGGAUCGAGGCUGAGGCUGUUUUUGAUGGCUUGUUUGAUGAUGCGCAGCGGGAACUCUAUGAGAUGUUCGAGUUACACACGAAAGCACUUAUAGAGGACCCUGAUGUCUCUGUUCGUCGAGCGUUCCUGACCUCUGUACCCGACCUUUGCCUCUUUUUUGGACCAGCAGAGGCCAACGAUAUCCUGCUGACCCAUCUCAACACGUACCUGAACGACCGAGACUGGAUGCUGAAGUGUGCUUUCUUUGAGACCAUCGUCAGCAUCGCUAGUGUUGUGGGAAGCGUCAGUCUUGAGGAGUUCAUGUUGCCACUCAUGGUCCAAGCCCUCACCGACCCCGAGGAGUUCGUGGUACAAGCGGCUCUUCAUUCCUUGGCACAGCUGGCGCGGCUUGGCCUUCUGUCAAAAACCAAGAUCUGGGAGCUGAUAGAUGUCGCUGCGAGAUUUACGAUGCAUCCGAACCAAUGGAUCCGGGAGUCUGCUACGGAGUUUCUCUCCGAGUCGACUCGCUUCUUGUCCCAGGCUGACGUUAGGUGCAUCGUGUACCCCUUGGUCAAACAAUACUUGAAGUCGGGUAUGGUGCCUGAAUUCUCAGAGCUCAGCUUGCUGGACGCCCUGAAGCGGCCAAUGUCAAGGGCCGUCCUUGAACAGGCCGUGAUCUGGGCUCUCAAGACGGAUAAAGGCAUGUUUUGGAAACUGUCGCAGCAACUUCGUUCGUUCUCAUUCGGGUCUCUACCGAAGACCAUAAGCAGCCGGUCGUCUAAGGACACGCUGAGCAAAGUCAAUCGGAAUGACGAGGAUGAGUUGUGGCUUGGGCGGCUGCGGAAUCUCGGACUGGGGCCCGAUGACGAGUUCAAGCUUCUCGUCCUACGGGAGUUUAUCUGGCGGAUCAGCAGAAUGAAGUCACGAGACGCCAUGGACAGUGAGCCAGCUAAGCUCAACGAGGUGGUAUCACUGAAGAGCCUUGGUAUUACUCCACAGACGGUCUUCUUCGACGACGAUGAGCCGCUACAGCAGUCGACCUUCGACACGGACACAGCCCAAAAGGGACCUUACACCAUCGCAGAUGCUCUGUUGGAUGCCUCUAUGACCAUCGACGACUCAACGGGAAGAAGGCGGUUUGCCGCCCUCAACAGUCUGCGCACUCGUGUAGUGGAAGACGGAGGGUCUUCCUCGCGCGAUGUUUCUAGAGCAAGGUCGAUCGAGCCUUCAAAAAAUGCCUCGACCGGACAGGGCAAAAUGACAGUUGGUAGCCCGACUGAUGAUGGAGGCUCCGUUCACGACCAGCCGUACGCAUCUCGGAGGGCAAUGCGCCACCAAGCGAGCGCUCUGAGCCUCCUAGACCGCAAAGAUAGCAACAAGAGCGUACCAGAAACAGGCAUGUCUGGCACCAAUGCGUUUGGCAAAGUAGGGGGCCCCUUUCCUCAGGCCCCCCCUGCUCGACCUGACGCACAUAAUCGUCGAACCAGCACAGCGAGUGUUGUGACUACUAAGCUCAAGCCCAAUCACUCAUACGAGGGAUCGGAUCCCAGCAUUCUCAAAAUGCUCAACUCCAUGUACCAGGACAAUUACCCGCACGACAUUGCGGUGUUUGGACCGAUGGUCAACCCGAUUACCCGUCGCAGGACCAACCGGUCUGUUGGCCAGCCGGGUGAUGAGCCAUGGCGACCACAAGGGCGGAUGGUCGCCACGUUUGCAGAACACACAGGCGCCAUCAAUCGUCUGGUGGUGUCACCAGAUCAUGUCUUCUUCAUCACGGGAGGCGACGAUGGGACUGUCCGGGUCUGGGAUAGUGCCCGACUGGAGAAGAACAUUACACAUCGAUCAAGACAGACUCACAAGCACGCCGACGGAGCCAGAGUGCUCGCGCUGUGCUUCAUCGAGAACACGCAUUGCUUUAUCAGCUGCGCAAGUGAUGGAAGCGUCCACAUUGUCAAAGUCGAGACUGUUGCGGCAAGCGGCACGUUGCGGUACGGAAAGCUUCGUCUUCUGCGGGAGUACCAGCUGCCGGGAGACGAGUACGCGGUGUGGUGCGAGCACUUCAAGGCCGAGUCGACGUCAGUCAUGUUGCUCGCAACGAAUCGAUCUCGAAUCUUGGGCAUCGAUCUCCGUACCAUGUCUCUGCUUUACGCGCUGGAGAACCCUGUCCAUCACGGGACACCCACAUGCUUCUGUGUGGACCGCAAGAGGAACUGGCUAUGCGUCGGUACAACUCAUGGAGUCCUCGACCUGUGGGAUUUGAGAUUCCGUAUGAGACUCAAGGGGUGGGGAGUUCCUGGCAAGAGCUCAAUUUACAGGCUAUGCAUUCACCCCUCGAAGGGACGCGGCAAAUGGGUCUGCGUGGCGGGCGGGACGGGACAGGGUGAGGUCACGGUUUGGGAUCUCGAACGCACGAUUUGCAGGGAGAUCUAUCGCGUGGGGGGCAACAAGGAGGGCCCCAAGGGAUACGAACCCUGGGACGUGGACGAGGACAAGCCGGAAGGCAUGCUCGGGCGGUUCGCGACAAACAUUGAGCCGAGUGGCACCGGGAACACGGACCGUGGUGUUCGUGCUAUGAUAGCGGGCACCGGCGCUUCGGAAGACUCGCGCGACGUACGGCACGCAUUCAUCGUCACGGGCGGGUCGGACAAGAAGCUCCGGUUCUGGGAUUUAUCUCGAAUCGAGAGCUCGAUGGUCUAUAGCGGAUUGCAAGGGGAAGAUCUGAAACCGAGCUUCACAGCCUCCCACCCGACGACGUCGAUGACGCUGAACACGGAGAGGAUUCCCAGGCAAGCACCGACGGCACCAAACGCUGCCGUCGGCGGGAAGGGCACGACGAACAGUGGGAGACCGCCACGUUCUACCGUCAUUUCGCUUCAGCAACAGCAGCUUCUUCGGUCUCACCUGGACUCGAUCAUGGACGUCGCGCUACUGGAGUUGCCAUACAGCAUGACGCUAUCGGUGGAUAGGUCUGGAGUAGUGUUUGUGUUUUCAUGAUGGCUGGCCGGAACGGCGUUGGGCUUGGGGUUGUGACAAAUACGGAUACCUAACCUUACCUAUGUACGUAGC